GUGGACCUUAUUUCAUUUUAUUGGGAGGCAUAAUUUUCAGGUUACAGAGCAGUGAUAACUACCUGCCAGUGUCUCUUAGGAGUGAGGUACCUGGAGUUGAGGGACCCCAACCUGUGGCAAUGACAGCGGACGAGUUGGUUUUCUUUGUGAACGGCAGAAAGGUGGUGGAGAAAAAUGCAGAUCCAGAGACAACCCUUUUGGCCUACCUGAGAAGAAGGUUGGGGCUGAGUGGAACCAAGCUCGGCUGUGGAGAGGGAGGCUGUGGGGCUUGCACAGUGAUGCUCUCCAAGUAUGAUCGUCUGCAGAACAAGAUCGUCCACUUUUCUGCCAAUGCCUGCCUGGCCCCCAUCUGCUCCUUGCACCAUGUUGCAGUGACAACUGUGGAAGGAAUAGGAAGCACCAAGACGAGGCUGCAUCCUGUGCAGGAGAGAAUUGCCAAAAGCCACGGCUCCCAGUGCGGGUUCUGCACCCCCGGCAUCGUCAUGAGUAUGUACACACUGCUCCGGAAUCAGCCUGAGCCCACCAUCGAGGAGAUUGAGAAUGCCUUCCAAGGAAAUCUGUGCCGCUGCACAGGCUACAGACCCAUCCUCCAGGGCUUCCGGACCUUUGCCAGGGGUGGUGGAUGCUGUGAAGGAGAUGGGAACAAUCCAAACUGCUGCAUGAGCCAGAAGAAAGACCACUCGGUCAGUCUCUCACCAUCUUUAUUCAAGCCAGAGGAGUUCACGCCCCUGGAUCCCACCCAGGAGCCCAUUUUUCCCCCAGAGUUGCUGAGGUUGAAAGACACUCCUCGGAAGCAGCUGCGAUUUGAAGGGGAGCGUGUGACGUGGAUACAGGCCUCAACCCUCAAGGAGCUGCUGGACCUCAAGGCUCAGUACCCUGAUGCCAAGCUGGUGGUGGGGAACACGGAGAUUGGCAUUGAGAUGAAGUUCAAGAAUAUGCUGUUUCCUAUGAUCAUCUGCCCAGCUUGGAUCCCUGAGCUGAAUUCAGUAGAACAUGGACCCGAGGGUAUCUCCUUCGGAGCUGCUUGCCCCCUGAGCAUUGUGGAAAAGACCCUGGUUGAUGCCAUUGCUAAGCUUCCUGCCCAAAAGACGGAGGUGUUCAGAGGGGUCCUGGAGCAGCUGCGCUGGUUUGCUGGGAAGCAGGUCAAGUCCGUGGCGUCCAUUGGAGGGAACAUCAUCACUGCCAGCCCCAUCUCCGACCUCAACCCUGUGUUCAUGGCCAGUGGGGCCAAGCUGACACUUGUGUCCAGAGGCACCAGGAGAACUGUUCCAAUGGACCACACAUUCUUCCCUGGCUACAGAAAGACCCUGCUGAGCCCGGAGGAGAUACUGCUCUCCAUAGAGAUCCCCUACAGCAGGGAGGGGGAGUAUUUCUCAGCAUUCAAGCAGGCCUCCCGGAGAGAAGAUGACAUUGCCAAGGUAACCAGUGGCAUGAGAGUUUUAUUCAAGCCAGGAACCACAGAGGUAGAGGAGCUGGCCCUUUGCUAUGGCGGAAUGGCCGACAGAACCAUCUCGGCCCUCAAGACCACUCAGAGGCAGCUUUCCAAGCUCUGGACGGAGGAGCUGCUGCAGGACGUGUGUGCAGCCCUGGCGGAGGAGCUGCAUCUGCCUCCCGACGCCCCUGGUGGCAUGGUGGACUUCCGGCGCACCCUCACCCUCAGCUUCUUCUUCAAGUUCUACCUGACAGUCCUUCGGAAGCUGGGCCAAGAGAACCCAGAGGACUGUGGUAAACUGGACCCCACUUUCGCCAGUGCAACUUUACUCUUUCAGAAAGACCCGCCAGCCAAUGUCCAUCUCUUCCAAGAGGUGCCCAAGGGCCAGUCUGAGGAGGACAUGGUGGGCCGGCCCCUGCCCCACCUGGCAGCGAACAUGCAGGCCUCUGGUGAGGCCGUGUACUGUGACGACAUCCCUCACUAUGAGAAUGAGCUGUCUCUCCGGCUGGUCACCAGCACCCGGGCCCACGCCAAGAUCAAGUCCAUAGACAUAUCAGAAGCCAAGAAGGUGCCAGGGUUUGUUUGUUUCAUUUCCGCUGAUGAUAUUCCUGGGAGUAACAUAACUGGAAUUUGUAACGAUGAGACAGUCUUUGCAAAGGAUAAGGUUACUUGUGUUGGGCAUAUCAUUGGUGCUGUGGUUGCUGACACCCCAGAACACACACAGAGAGCUGCCCAAGGGGUGAAAAUCACCUAUGAAGAACUACCAGCCAUUAUCACAAUUGAGGAUGCUAUAAAUAACAACUCCUUUUAUGGACCUGAGCUGAAGAUCGAGAAAGGGGACCUCAAGAAGGGGUUUUCCGAAGCAGAUAAUGUUGUGUCAGGGGAGUUAUACAUCGGUGGCCAAGAGCACUUCUACCUGGAGACUCACUGCACCAUUGCUGUUCCAAAAGGCGAGGAAGGAGAGAUGGAGCUCUUUGUGUCUACACAGAACACCAUGAAGACACAGAGCUUUGUUGCAAAAAUGUUGGGAGUUCCAGAAAACCGGAUUGUGGUUCGAGUGAAGAGAAUCGGAGGAGGCUUUGGAGGGAAGGAGACCCGGAGCACUCUGGUGUCCACGGCGGUGGCCCUGGCCGCAUAUAAGACUGGCCGCCCUGUGCGCUGCAUGCUGGACCGUGAUGAGGACAUGCUGAUAACUGGUGGCAGACAUCCCUUCCUGGCCAGAUACAAGGUUGGCUUCAUGAAGACUGGGAAGGUUGUGGCUCUGGAGGUGGAUCACUUCAGCAACGGGGGGAACACCCAGGAUCUCUCUCAGAGUAUUAUGGAACGAGCUCUAUUCCACAUGGACAACUGCUAUAAAAUUCCCAACAUCCGGGGCACUGGGCGGCUGUGCAAAACCAACCUUCCCUCCAACACGGCCUUCCGGGGCUUUGGGGGUCCCCAGGGGAUGCUCAUUGCCGAGUAUUGGAUGAGUGAAGUUGCGGUGACCUGUGGGAUGCCUGCAGAGGAGGUGCGGAUGAAAAACCUGUACAAAGAAGGGGACCUGACACACUUCAACCAGAAGCUUGAGGGUUUCACCUUGCCCAGGUGCUGGGAAGAAUGCCUAGCAAGCUCUCAGUAUCAUGCUCGGAAGAGUGAGGUUGACAAGUUCAACAAGGAGAAUUGUUGGAAAAAGAGAGGAUUGUACAUAAUUCCCACCAAGUUUGGAAUAAGCUUCACACUUCCUUUUCUGAAUCAGGCAGGAGCCCUGCUUCAUGUGUACACAGAUGGCUCUGUGCUGCUGACCCAUGGAGGGACCGAGAUGGGCCAAGGCCUUCAUACCAAAAUGGUCCAGGUGGCCAGCAGAGCUCUGAAAAUCCCCACCUCUAAGAUUUAUAUCAGUGAGACAAGCACUAACACUGUGCCCAACACUUCUCCCACGGCUGCCUCUGUCAGCGCUGACCUCAAUGGACAAGCCGUCUACGCGGCUUGUCAGACCAUCUUGAAAAGGCUGGAACCCUACAAGAAGAAGAAUCCCAGUGGCUCCUGGGAAGACUGGGUCACAGCUGCCUACACGGACACAGUGAGCUUGUCUGCCACUGGGUUUUAUAGAACACCCAAUCUGGGCUACAGCUUUGAGACUAACUCGGGGAACCCUUUCCACUACUUCAGCUAUGGGGUGGCUUGCUCUGAAGUAGAAAUUGACUGCUUAACAGGAGAUCAUAAGAACCUCCGCACAGAUAUUGUCAUGGAUGUUGGCUCCAGUCUAAACCCUGCCAUUGAUAUUGGACAGGUGGAAGGGGCAUUUGUCCAGGGCCUUGGCCUUUUCACCCUAGAGGAGCUACACUACUCCCCCGAGGGGAGCCUGCACACCCGCGGCCCUAGCACUUACAAGAUCCCGGCAUUUGGCAGCAUCCCCAUUGAGUUCAGGGUGUCCCUGCUCCGAGACUGCCCCAACAAGAAGGCCAUCUAUGCAUCAAAGGCUGUUGGAGAGCCACCCCUCUUCCUGGCUGCUUCUAUCUUCUUUGCCAUCAAAGAUGCCAUCCGUGCAGCUCGAGCUCAGCACACAGGUAAUAACGUGAAGGAACUCUUCCGGCUAGACAGCCCUGCCACCCCGGAGAAGAUCCGCAACGCCUGCGUGGACAGGUUCACCACCCUGUGUGUCACUGGUGUACCAGAAAACUGCAAACCCUGGUCUGUGAGGGUCUGAAGAGAGAGUCCUCAGCAGAGUCUUCCUGUGCUGCAUUUGGGCUUCCAUGGAGCAGGAGGAACAUACCACAGAACAUGGAUCUAUUAAAGUCACAGAAGGACAGUGACUAAUUCUGUGACUUUUCAUCCUAAUUCAUCAGGAUGGCAUUUGGAAGACAAGUGAAUGCAUUGGGAGAUUUUGAUUAAAAUGUAAUUUAUAAACAGAAUGAUAAGCAAAUUCAAAACUGUUAGGCCUAAAUGGUGAAUAUGCAAUUAGGGUCAUUUUCUGUCUGUUCUAAUCAUGUAUUUGGAAUAGGGUCAGGAAGGGUUUGUGCUAUUCCCCACUUACUGGACAGCCUGUAUAACCUCAAGUUCUGAUGGUGUCUGUCCUUCAAAAGGGACUCCCACAAACCUCUAGAAGCUUAAACCAAAGUUACUUUAAAUUGUGUGCCUUCCUCUGAAAGCCUUGCCUUCAAACCAAUGAACAGCAAAGCAUAACCUUGAAUCUAUACUCAAAUUUUGCAGUGAGGCAGUGGGGUAAGAUUAAAUCCUCUAACCAUCUUUGAAUCAUUGGAAAGAAUAAAGAAUGAAACAAAUUCAA